AUGCCGCAAUUUCAACUCUACGAUAAGGUCUUUUGCAUCAUCGUGAUGACAGUAAAUGCUCAAGAAGAAUGUGCUGAUGGAUGGACAGGAAUAGCUGAUGGUUGUUUUAAGGGUUUUUCAACUAUUAAAUCUUUUGAUAAUGCCCGGACUGCUUGUCAAGUAUUUCCUGGUGGUGACUUAGCAGUUGACAAUACCCCUACAAUUCAUGGAAACCUAGAUGAAAUUCUAGAAUCUGUAGCAAAUUACUGGAUAGGGUUAAAAGAUAGAUCGGGAUACAAUGUCAUCAGCGAUUAUUACUGGAUGGCAACUGGUCGAAGUGUUACAACUGGUUCACAGUUUUGGAAGACUAAUUAUCCAAUGAAUGCUAGCAAUAGAUGUGUUCAUAUUGUCAAGCUUGAUUCAUCAAAUUUUUACUGGCGUGAUGAUGACUGUGCUACUGAUCUUAAAUACAUUUGUCAAAGACCAAUUAGCGUAUCUUCUUCCACUUCUUCAAGUAUUACCUGCACAAGUUCAGCAACGUCAACUGUUUCUACUAGCCAACUAAAUUCCCUUGUGGAGAUGUCAACUUCAAUCAGCGAAAAUAUUAUUUUAACAACAACUGCUAAUGGUCAGUUAGAUCUAUCCACUUCUAUAACUGUGCGAUGGGAUACUGAAAAUAAUGGCAUAAAUUUACUAUCAUCAUCAUUGACUACCUUAUCCACCAAUACUAGAAUCCUAAGCGACAGUACUUCCAGUGAAUUAGAAUUAUUGACUUCAGCUAAGUAUGUAAAUGGGUCUCCAUCAUUGUCCUCUUUGGCUGUUGAUAGUAAUAUCGAGACCGUUUCAACAGCAGAAACGAUAGUUAGUACUGAAGAAAGUUUAGUAGUCCGAGAUGAUAAUUCAACUUCAUCUAGUUUAUUACUUAGUAGCAGCUAUAGUAGUAAUGAUGAAGAAAGUUCAGUAGUCCGAGAUGAUCAUUCAACUUCAUCUAGCUUAUUACUGAGUAACAGCUAUACUAGUAAUUCGACUUUCACGACUACAGGUGGAUCACAGUUACUACCAUCUAGUAAUUUAAAUUUGAUUAUUACUUCAAGCAAGAACGAGGAUCCAUCAAUAUCAUCCGUUUCUGUCGCUGAUAAUGAAGUGAAUAUUUUCUUAAUAACAAAUAAGAUAGCUAGUGAUAGAGAAAGCUCUACUAGCCAGAACCAUUAUUCGUCUUUGUCGUCUAAUUUAUUAGUCAAUAUUGGCAUGAUAGCAAGUAGCGAAACGCAAUUUCUACCAACUGCUAUUUUUAAUUCCAUCUAUAAUUCAACAAGCGUGAUAGUGGGUGAAGACAGUACCAACAUCUAUAAUCAGCUUUCAUCCUCUAGCUUCUUGGUUAAUGUUGAUUUUGAUAGUAACAAAAUUGCAACCAUGUCUAGCACCUCGCAAGUGAUUGCUACCACUACAUUAGAUUUUGAUGCUAAUUCAAAAGCGUACGAGGAUUCAUUAGCCUUGUCCACUAUCUCGUCGAGUAUUAUGGAUAAAACUUCUAAAAUGACUUCGGUAACAAGUGUGAUUGUUGUAAGUGAUGACGAAAGUUUCCAUGAUCAAUCAGUCUUAAGUAAUUUACGGACCAAUAAUAAUUCUGGUAUGAGUAUCAUCAUGCCUGCGAGUACAACGAGUCAAGUACAAUUGAAGGCUUCCGAUACUUGCUACUUUCAUAUCAGCUCUAGUGCCUUUGAAAAUCAUUUUCCUUCAACAAAUAAUUUCAGUGCCAAUGAUAUCUCUAUUGGAAGUGCAAGUGUGUGCGAUACAGAGCGUACAACUAUCCAUCAUCAACAUUUAUCCGAUUUGUUGAAAUCUGACAGUUCGAGUAUCGUUUCCACCACUACAGCUAUUACCGCAACCGCAAGUACUCUACUGUAUCAGCCUUCGUCCUUGGAUAGCGAAAGCCAUAUUGCACCUGAUGUCGAGAAUAAUGAAAUGAUUACGAAGAUACAACUUGCUAACAGUCAAUUUAUGGCAAGUAUCAGAAAUGAAGUUGAAAAGAAUAAAAAUACUGUUUUCAAGCGAAUCGAUAAAUUUGAUGCAAAUUUGGCAAGAGAAAUUCAUCAAGCUAACAUUACUACGCGAUUUACUUUCGCUACACCUCAAUCGGGUUUCUUAAAAGUUCGUAAUAUUAACGCUUUCAUAUGUAGUAUUGCUACGAUUAAGUUACUAUUUCAAAAAUGGAAUCGUACUUGUGAGAUCGUUAUUGCUGAUAUACUGAAUUUAUAUAAAGUAAACUAUUAUGAUCAAGUUAACGAUUCUGUCACGGUGGUAGUGAGAUCGUAUAAUGUAGGCACAAGUUGGGCAAAAAACAAUACUCAUGAAAGCAAUAACGACAGUGUCAUCAUUUCCACUUUCUUGUCUUGUUCCGUGUAUCCACUGCAAGCUGAUAAAUUUGCAUUACCUGUUCAUUUCUACUUUAAGCUACAAAAUCAGCAGGCCAAUCCACCUUAUCAAUGCACAUAUUGGGAGAAGAAUCAUUGGUCAGAAUUCGGAAUGGAAUUAUUGGAAUACAAUUCGACUCAAGUACACUGCACGACAGUCCAUUUUACAAAUUUUGCGGUCCUUAUGCAACGUUCUAAGGCGCUUGCCAGGCCAUACAAAAUAUCCCUCCGUUGGAUCACUUACAUAGGCUGCAGCAUUUCCCUACUUGCUCUGCUUAUCAUGAUAACUAUAUUCAUUAGCAUCAGAAAACUAGAUCCAGUAAAGAGCUUCGUUCAUCUGAAUUUAGCUAUCGCUAUGGCGGUAUCUAUUUGUGGAUUUUUAGUUGGUAUACGUGCAGCAAAAAUACCGUUUCUUUGUACUGCGAUUGCGAUUGGACUACACUUUUUCUAUUUGGCUAGUUUAACGUGGAUGAUGAUGGCAGCCUUAACGCUCUUGCAAAAAAUUUCUUCUAUCCGCAAAAACCUAAAUCCCAACAUUCGAAGGGUCUAUUUUGUUUUAGGAUGGGCAAUUUAUAUUAACAGUUGUUGGAUUAGAAGUACAAGUUUUCAAAUGUGGUUUUUCGUUGGUCCAGUCAUUAUAAUCUUUGUGGUACAAGAUUAUUUUCGGAGAAGAUUUAAAUUCGGCUCUAUGAUUUUUCCAGCGAAUUAUAUGGGCAACAUUGGCAGAGAUACGCGAGCCGAUAAUAAGCAUUUCAGUUGGAAGGCUAAAAUACCAUUAGUUGCAGUUUCUACAGGGAAUGCAUCUCGUGAAUGUAGAGACAGUGGAAGAUGUUCACCCAAUUUGAAUGAGAUGGCAGCUUCAAAGUUAAUCGUACUAACUAGGACUCCUGAACUAUUAUAA